AUGGAGGAGGCAGGUAGUAGCAAUGGUAAAAGUCAAUAUUACCUAGUUGUGACAGUGGUGUCAAUGGUGGUGGUAGAAGGUGGUGGUGGUGGCAACAAUAAUGGUGGUGGAGGAGGUCACAACAAUCGUGGUGGUGGAGGCUUAGAGGGUGUUGGUGGUGGUGCGGGUUAUCGUGCCAGCGUCGGUGGUGGUGGAGAUGGUGGUGAUGGCGAUGAAAGUGGUGGUGGUCGUGGUGGUGAAUGUUACAUGGCGGCAAGAAUAAUGAUUACAGCGGGUGGAGGUGGCAACGACAGUGGUGAUGGUGGCGGUGACAAUGGUGGCAAUUGUGGAGGUAGCAGCAAUGGUGGAGAUGGUGGUGGUGAUGAAAGUGAUGGCGAUAAGGACGGUGGUGUUGGUAGGUGGAGUGAGGUGGAGGGUGGUGGUGGGGGCUGUAGCGAUGGUGGUAGUGCUGACGAUGUAGGUGGCGAUGGCGACAACAUAAGUGAUGGUGUGGUGACAAUGGGCAGUGGGAGUAAUGUUACAUGGUAUUGA